AGUGUAGCUCGAGAGAGUCUCUCGGGAGGCUGGAUUAGCCAUAAGUUGUGGUGAACCAGGGUAAAUUCGGUGUGCCUCUUACUCUUCUCUUUACUUCUCAUUUGAAUUUUUAAUUCCUGCGAUUUCUACAAACAAACGCUAUUCACCCCCCCUCUAGCGUUGGUCUAUUAUUCUAACAAUUGGUAUUAGAGCCUAACUCGCGUCCAAACUUAACCGUUUGAGAGUAAAGCGAUCAUGGGUUCUUCUUCUGGAAAUCUUUAUGCAGGGAUCGGAGAAGGUCAAUCAACUUCUAGGCCACCACUCUUUGAUGGCACCAACUACACAUAUUGGAAAGAGUGGAUGAGAAUUUAUAUCCGCUCAACCAACUUCGAGUUGUGGUUGGUCAUCAAGAAUGGCGAAGAAAUGCCAAUGAAGAAGGUUGGUGAAAAACUCGUCCCAAAGACCGAGGACGAAUUUGAUGCCGAAGACGUAAAAAAGGUGGAGAACUACGCCAAGGCAAUCAACAUGCUGUACUGUGCGGUCAACCCCGUUGAUUAUCGCAAGAUCUCUUGCUGCACCAUUGCCAAAGAAAUGUGGGACAAGCUGGAGGUCACAUACAAAGGUACGGCCCAAGUUUGGGAAGCCAAAAUUGACUUCCUAAUGCAGGAGUACGAGAUGUUUAUGAUGAAGGAAGGCGAAAAGAUCAAUGACAUGUUCGAUCGGUUUUCCAAGAUCAUCAAUGACCUUCAUGCCCUCAAGAAGACUUACACCAACAAGGAUUUCACAAAGCAAGCAAACAUACGGGAUUAUUAUGAAUCUCAUGGAGAUCAAUAUGAUUAUGGCCAACAUGGGCCUACGUACGACUACCAGCCUAAUCCAUAUGAGGAAGAGCUUCGAGGGGCCGAGAAUAGGAGUGAAGAACUUGAUGAGGAAUUAAUGAACGAAGAUCCAUCCUAUCAACCCCCUCCCCUCCACAAUUAUAAUGACCACUCUGUUGCAUUCAAGCUUGAAUGGAACAAGAGGGCCAUUGAGUGGAGAUUUAACCAAAUUGCCCAACUCCGAGAAGAAAGAGCUCAACGUGAAAGGGAUGCGAAGGAAUUUUACGAUAAAGAAAAUGAGGUCAGGGAACUUGAUCGAUUAUUAGCAAUGCACAACGUAUUUUUCAUGUCCCCUGCGUAUGAUCGAGAAUGGGAGCCGCAUCAACUUGAUCAAGAAGAGAUUUACCUAGACCCUAUUCUCGAAGAUUCACAAGAACCUGCGCCAGCACAGGAACCUGAGUAUAGCAUGACCCAGCCGUUGCUCACUCAGGCUAUUGUGAUGGAAUUACCUGAAUGCCCUCCUAGCGGCAAGGUCGUACAUAAGGUGGAACCAACUAAGGAAUCUGACUCAGAACCACCUCUACAAUCCCCAAUAGAAGAAAAGGAUGAGGAAAAUGUCCCCGUGACAAUAGACUCACCUCUUCUUAUCUGUGUUGAAGACAUACCUCCAGAGGAACCUAUUCUGGAGGAAAUAGAGCCCACUACCUACCCCCUAGAUUCCAAAGAGUCUAAAGAGGAAUCUAUAGACGAGAAAAUACUUUUCUCAGAAGAUCCAACUCCGUCUAUAGAAACCUCUGUAAUUAAUGCUUCACCAGUAGACUUUGACAAAUCUUCUUCGACUCACUACUUGGCGGGGGUACAAGACGUCAUAGUCAUUGAGCCACAAUUGGAUAGACAACCCAUUAAAGGUUCGAUAGAAAUCAAUCUAGCAACUAAGGCCAAUGUUGUGGAUCUAUUGAGGAUACCUCCGCCACCACCCACCAAUUACAAGUCUCCUCUGUUUAUCCUGCUGCCACCUAGCCGCAAGGAGAAGUCAAGGAUCCUGGACCUUGGCUAUGCAAAUUGUCAAUCAAGGUUGCAUCAGAAAAGUAUGGACGCUGCUUGGAUGAUACCACAUGGUGAUCAACGCACGUUGCGCGACCUGGACGCUCUGCCAUUCACCUCCGAUGAAGCCAAAAAGAAGUUCUUGAUCUGGGGAAAUCAAAAGUCACUCCAGCCCCCGUUGGUGUUAGACCCUGCGACCCUGAUUGAGAGUGGAUACUGGGAAGAAAUUGACGAGUUUCUCUAUGAUCCAAAGUGGAGAGUCCUGCUUUUCCUGCGCGCAGCAGCCAGCCUAGAGCUCACCGUGGAAUUCCUAUGUUCCCUCCAAUUUUUCAAUAAAGAGGAGGAAGUCAAGGCUCCAGCCAAAGUCACCUACGCUACUACGAUUCCGGUGAACGUGGCAACAUUCGUAGCACGGUUCUUGUUUGGGCAGUCCGACACGGAGGACCAAGGCGUUUUGUGUGGACCCCUGGUGACUCUGCUGGCCCAAGGAUUAAAGAUGCAAGUUGCCAAUGUAAUUCCUGAGCCUCUUAGCGUCUUCCGUCCUCAUGUGGGCUACCUAGUGCAGAUCGCAUACAGCAAGAAGGACGAAGAGGAGCGCCCCAAGAAGCAGAGGACCAUUCCGAUGACACUCCGUGAGCUCUCACACGCCAUAUUUGCUUUUCAAGACUCGGUGGAAUCCCGCCUGGGGAAGAUUGAGGUCAUGGUCGAGACGCAACAAUGGCAGGUUGAGGAGAUAAUGGACUUCGUCGUGGAGCAGAGGGUGAGGAAGGAGCGAAAGGCCAAGCUUAAAGAGGACGCGAAGACAAAGAAGCAUUAGGGACAGUGAAGAUCCCUAUUUACCUUAUUUCAUUUAUUUAGUCGUGACUGGUUAUUUUAUUUCAAUUUCCCAUUAUGUGCCCGUUUUUAUGACUGUUA